GUGGGAGGAGUCUGUGCUGCGGAAGCUGCACUGUAGGACUUAAUAAAAGGCGUUCCGUCAUGUGUCCGCUGUUACAUUGACAUUAAAACCUGCUGCGCUCCGGUCACACCGCUGAGGACACACUGCUGCUGCUGCUGCUGCGUGGAUCUCGCUUAGGUCAAACCAUGUCGGAGUCCAUAAAGAACGUCGCGAUAUUUGGAGCCACGGGAAUGACGGGACUGGCGACGCUGCCGCUGGCGGUGGCCGCAGGGUACAAUGUGACCGUGCUGGUGCGGGACGCCUCCAAGCUGCCUGCCGACCACAAGGCGUCCAGAGUGGUGGUGGGGGACGUCCUGAAUAAAGACGACGUGAAGAAGACUAUGGAAGGCCAGGACGGCGUGAUCAUCAUCCUGGGGACCAGGAGCGAUCUCAGCCCAACCACCAUGAUGUCCGAAGGCACCAAAAACAUCGUGGAGGCCAUGAAGGCACGAGGGAUCCGCAAAGUGAUCGGCUGCAUGUCAGCUUUCCUUCUGUGGGACCGCUCCAAAGUGCCGCCUCGCCUGGUCCCAGUGACCGAGGAUCACGACCGGAUGUACACGGUGCUGAAAACGUCCGGGCUCGACUACGUGGCCGUUAUGCCUCCUCACAUCGCUGGCGACCUUCCUCUGACGGAGCGCUACACGGUGACAGAAAAUAUGCUUAAAGGACGAGCCAUCUCCAAGCACGACCUGGGACAUUUCUUUGUCAAGUGUCUGUCCACAUCAGAGUGGGACGGAAAGACAGUGGGAGUGUGUGGAGAGUACAAAUAGUCCGAUCAACCUCAGAUGCUUCCGUUUUUUUUCCAUUUCUACUAAAACUAAACAGAGAAGAAAACAUCAGUACAAAUUGAGGGAAGUCUGAGUGUCUAUUCAAACGAAUUAAACCUUUUUGGGUGAAUAAGCAAAA